AUGACCCCUCGCGUGUUCAAUGCGGCAACCGUGUCUGGACGACCUCGCGCAUCCGUCGGUGGCGCAAGUAGCAAGACAGUCGACUUCGCAACCCUCGGUCGAGCCCCUCUGCGGUUAGGACUUGGCACACGCCGCCUUACGUCGCGCGACCUUCAAAUUGUGGAGGCGACGGAGGAGCUCCUGGGAGAGGAGGUACCAGAACCCGAAGGCGUCGCGCAGAAUGUCUCUCUUCUACGAGGCUUCAAGGCGACAAUACCAAGCGCGGAGAAGAGUCGCGUUCGCAGAAGACAGACGCGGAACGUGGAAACGCCUCGGCUAGGGCUCAAGCAGCUGGGCAUGAGCGCAAGAGGACUGUUGGCGGAUGAGGAGGACCACGAUGGCGCAAGUGUGGCUAGUGAGGAUGAUGUGGUUAUGGUCGGGCGAUCGGAACGGAACGGCCGAGGCCGCAAAGUCAAGGCGAAGCGGAAAGGCAGGCAAAGCUUGAGUGCAGGGAAGAUGUUCGGGACAGAAGAGCUCGUACGCCAGACCCAUGAGAUCGAACGGGACAAGGAGAACGUUCAUGUUCGCAGGGCCCUCAUAAAUAAUGAGAUCGACGAAAUAACACACAAGAUGGAGGCAUUGGAUGUCAUCCGAGCUAGGCUAGAGCAGGAUCUCCUCAGGCUACAAGAGGAGGAGUUAGAGUUGGACGAUGAACUGGAGGGUGUGCGAGAGCGACUAGAACUCGAAGAGUCUGCCAGCCAACCAUCGCGAAGUCAGUCGCGCGCUGCACAGGCGACGCUGAGUUCAAGACGAAGGAAAGGGCCCGCGUUUUUGCCGUCAGAGCACGAUGAGCUACCACCAGGCGUGGCUUUCAUGGUCCUUGAGAGUCAUACAACACCUAUCACCGCCCUAGACUUUUCCGAACCAUACGGGACACUUGUCAGUGCUAGCCAGGAGGAUGCCCAGCCACGGGUGUGGGAUCUGCUCACAGGGGAGGAAAUCGGGCGUCUACGAGGGCACCGCGGGACAGUCAAGUGCGUCCAAGUCGAAGACCAAAUCUGUCUCACUGGAAGCGAAGACGGCACGGUUCGCGUAUGGGACCUACGACGAGUGGACGAAGACGAGGAGUGGGAGUCAGGGGAGAUGCUGAGCCUGAGUGAGAUCGCGGAAGAGGACGAGAGUACGGAGGGCAGCGAGCGGAAAGCGAACGGGAUCCGCGAUGGGGAGAGCAGUCGGCCGUCCAGCGUUGCGGAGAGGGAGGGCGCGUGUAUGCGGGUGCUUGAGGGGCAUUCAAAGGCGGUCACUGCGAUGUACUUCGAGGACGAGUGCUUGGUCACCGGUGCAUCCGACAAGACUAUGCGGCAGUGGGACCUCGCCACCGGGCAGUGUGUCAUGACCAUGGACAUCUUGUGGGCUAUCUCGCAUCCUCCAACGGCGGCGCCCGGAUCUGCAUUGCCCGGCCAUCUCUUCCCCGGUGCGGCUGCUGCUGCAGGCACGUUCGCGGUCCCGACACCACCAUACGCGGACGGGUCAUGGGAAAUGUACCAGGAUUUCGUCGGGGCAGUACAGUUCUGGGGCUAUGGUUUGGUGAGCGGCAGCGGCGAUGGGGUGGUCAGGAUGUGGGAUAUGCGUACUGGACAGCCGCACCGCACGCUUCACGGCCACACCGGGCCUGUCACCUGCCUGCAGUUCGACGAGCUGCACAUUGUCACCGGCAGUCUCGACAAGUCCAUCCGCAUCUGGGAUAUGCGCACGGGCGGUAUCUUUGAGACGCUCAAGUACGACCAUGCCGUCACUGCGCUGCAGUUCGACACGCGCAAGAUCGUAGCCGCGACGGGCGAGAACGGCGUCAAGAUAUACAACCGGACCAGCAUGCAGCAAUCAACGCUCCUCACGAACGGACACACCAGGCCCGUCGAGCGGCUGCGGUACAUGGACCGGUACAUGGUCUCGGGCGGGCGGGACUCGGUCGUCAAAAUCUGGGCGCUGUGA